GAAGGACUGAGAGGGUGAGACAUACUGAGAAGGACUGAGAGGGUGAGACAUACAGAGAAAGACUGAGAGGGUGAGACAUACUGAGAAGGACUGAGAGGGUGAGAAGGACUGAGAGGGUGAGACAUACAGAGAAGGACUGAGAGGGUGAGACAUACAGAGAAGGACUGAGAGGGUGAGACAUACUGAGAAGGACUGAGAGGGUGAGACAUACUGAGAAGGACUGAGAAUAAUCCAUAGAAGGACUAGAGGGGGAUAAAACAGGGAGACUAGAGAUGCAGAUGCUUCUUCCUCCUCUCAGGUGACUCUUACCCCCCAGGUUGACCCCCCACUGAAGUGACACAACUUACAUCAUGUUUGUAUCCUGUGAGAAUGCCACUCGUGUACACCAGGACGGUAACCCUGCAGUCAGCACCCUGAUGUUUGCGGCCGGUGUAGUGGGUAACCUGCUGGCACUGGGCAUCCUUGGGGUGCACCGGCGAGAGAGAAGAGCCAGAGCAUCACCAUUCUGCAUCCUAGUGACCGGCCUGGCUGUCACCGACUUGUUGGGCACCUGUGUGCUGAGCCCUGCAGUCUUUGUUUCUUAUGCCCAGCGGGCAUCGCUCCUAGCUUUGGGCUCAGAACCACUUUGCCACCUCUUUGCCUUUGCCAUGACUUUCUUCAAUUUGGCUUCCAUGAUGUUGCUCUUCUGUAUGGCACUAGAGAGAUGCCUGGCGCUUAGUCAUCCAUAUGCCUAUGCCAAGCAUGGUGGAGGGCACAGGCUUGCCCGGGCUGCCAUCCCUUCCUCCUAUGUGUUAGGGGCCCUGUUAUGCGCUCUACCUUUGGUCGGUGUGGGAGAGCACAAGCAGUUUUGUCCUGGGACCUGGUGUUUUAUUCGGAUGGUAAUACCCACAGGUGGGUCAGCGGCUGCCUUGGCUUUUUCGCUACUCUAUGCCAUCCUGACUGGACUACUGAUUCUGGCCAUCCUGAUCUGUAAUGCCUCGGUGACUGCCAGUCUAUGCCGCAUGAGGAAGGGGCAGAAGGCGCGGAGAGGGUCCAUGCGCAGGGGUGGAGCACGAGGCUGGCUCUUGGGGGGUGGAGAAGAGGAGGUGGAACAUCUCAUAUUGCUGGUGUCGAUGACGGUUAUCUUCAUGGUGUGCACCGUACCGCUAACUCUCCGAGCAUUCACGGGUGCUUUCUGGCAGGAUGACGAUGAGACAGGCGAUUUGCUGGCAUUCCGUUUCAGUGCCCUUAAUCCUAUCCUUGAUCCCUGGAUCUUCAUCAUUUUCCGUGGUUCUGUGUUCAGGAAGCUGCAUUCUGUGCUCUGCAGGGGUUGUUCCAAAAGUCAUGUGAUCAAGUCAACUACAAACACCACCUCCCUGGAGCCAGGCAACACAGCACUCACUCGAGAGAGUGUCAUUGGACCCUGACAGACCAUAGGGUGAUAGAAGAGACAGCAUGAGAUAGCUUUAUCAUAAAGAAAAUGUGCUGUCUGAUACAGAACAGAGGGGCCUGUGAUACCUUAUCCAUUAAACAGACACCUUAGAAAGAGACAGCUGUCAAUUACUGCAACAAAGGCAAAUAUUUCUCUGCACAAACACAUCUGGUGCACGCUGCCUGCCAGAACAGAGACCCUUUUACUAAAGAGACAGCUCUGCUGGACAGUGGUUUCCGCCUGUGAACAGAGACUAUUACACAGAGACAGCUCUGCUAGACAGAGUGGUCUCUAGGAGAGUGUUAAGAAAAAGAAAGAGACAUGAACCUCAUAGAGAACUUGCAAACAGAAAGAGACUGCUGUGUUACACAUAGAGACAGAUUAUCCUAGAGAGACAAUCUCAUUGCUAAUAGACAACUCAGGCACUGUAUAGGCACUUUGUGAAGAAUCCUUACUUUAUUUACACUGAGACGGCCCAACCUAGAAGAGACUGUAGUGUUUGUGGCACAAUAAAACUCAUAAACAGAAAUAAAAGAGAACUAAUAAAUCUAUUUAAUAUAUUACUGAA